UCAAACCAAGCCCUUCUCUCUUACACAUCAACUUCAUCGAUCAUUCACUUACAAUAUCCAAUAUUGUCCAAGUUAUUGUUAAGGCCAUAACAAUGAUAACUUUUCGCUUCCUCAUAACACUUUCACUUCCCUUCCUAUUUUUCUCUUUCAUAGUUUCAGGUUAUUCCUGGAACAAAGUUCAGAAUUGGUGCAAUCAAACUCCAAAUCCUGAACCUUGUAACUAUUUAUUGACCAACAAUCCUAGUUACCAACACAACCUUAUCAAGAACAAAGCUGAUUUCUACAAGCUCUCAUUGCAACUCGCUCAAGAGCGAGCACUCAAAGGACAUGCAAACACUCUCUCACUUGGUCCAAAAUGCAACAACAACCCACGCGUCAAAUCCGCGUGGGCUGAUUGUGUUGAGCUGUACGAGCAAACCAUCAUUCAGCUCAACAAAACCUUAGACCCUAACACCAAAUGCUCCCAAGUUGACACCCAAACAUGGCUCAGCACAGCUCUCACUAACCUUGAGACAUGCAAAGCCGGGUUCUACGAGCUUGGAGUUGAAAACUAUGUUCUUCCUCUCAUGUCCAAUAAUGUUACUAAGUUGCUAAGCAACACUUUGGCUCUCAACAAGGUUCCUUACCAACAACAACCUAGUUAUAACCAAGAUGGGUCGUUUCCAACAUGGGUGAAGCCUGGUGAUAGGAAGCUGCUGCAAACAUCGUCGGCACCUGCUUCGAAGGCGAACGUGGUGGUGGCGAAAGAUGGGUCUGGAAAGUACACAAGUUUAAGUGCUGCCAUCAAUGCUGCACCAAAGAAGGGAAGUGGGAGGUAUGUGAUAUAUGUGAAGGCUGGUGUUUACAAUGAACAAGUUGAGAUAAAGGCAAAGAAUAUCAUGUUGGUGGGAGAUGGUAUUGGCAAAACUAUAAUCACCGGUAGCAAAAGUGUUGGAGGAGGCACCACAACCUUUCGUUCAGCUACUGUUGGUAAGUCCAAAUCUUGCUUCAUUUGAUCUCCCUUUUUGAUUUAGCUGGGAAUAUUCUCUCUAAUUUAGAGGGUUGUGAUGCUCUCCCAUUGGAAAUGAAAUCUUUGUCACAAAAAUCCAAUUCUCUGUGGCACAAAUCAAUUUUUCACGUACAUGACAAGAUUUCUUUUGGGAGAUGAGAAUUGAGAAACCAUUUUAAGACAAAACA